GCUGUAAUGACCUAAAGAGGAUUUAGAAGAUGACUUCCUCUGUCACAGUCACAGCAGGAAAAAAACAUACAUUUUGAUAAACAUCUAUUUCUACGCCACACUUUAAAACAGGCUUUAAAACAGAGAAGUGGCUUUUUGAGCUUCUUCAUAGCAACUGAAGACCAAACCUUCUUGUUUCUCUGUUUCAGCUGCAGACUCAUCCGUCGUCUAGUUUCCACAGAGAUGAAGGAUGAAUGUAGGAGUUUGCUGGCAGCUCCGUCUGUGAAGGUGCUGACAGUCAACAUGUUCCUGAGUGUCUUCUUCCUUCCAGGAGUGUGGUCUCAAUGUAAAGAACCACACCUCAACAUUACUGCACCAAAGAAGCCGGAAGCUCUGAGUGGAUCCUGUUUGAUAAUUCCAUGUAGCUUUACUACUAAAGAAGAAAAUGGACAGAAGUUUGACAACACUAUAAAAAUCAUUGGAAUGUGGAUUAAGAAUAAUCACAAUUUUCUCCAAAAUCCAGAGAAUGUGAUUUUCAACAGCAGUAAGCAGGAAAACAUCUAUCCAAUGAAGAUCAUUGGAAACCUGACACAGAAUAACUGCACCACUUUGUUUUCUAAUUUAACCUCAAAUUAUAAAGAAAAAUAUUAUUUUAGGAUUGAAAAUGGAGGAUUUAAAGCAACCGACCAUUGCAAUUAUACUGAGAUAAAAAUUCAAGAUUCUCCUCAGAGUCCCAGCAUUGAAAUCCCAGAUGAUCCUAAGGAGGGGGCGUCUGUCUCCAUCACCUGCUCGGCUCCCACUCCCUGUCCUCACUCCCCUCCUGAACUCACCUGGAGUCUCCAACCAGACUUUCAGAGACAAACAGAGAAAAACACAGAUGGAAGCUUUACGACUAAAAUCCAGAAGAUCAUCACUCUGUCAGACACUCAUGAUGGAUCGAUCAUCAACUGUUCUGCCAGAUAUCCUGUGAAUGGAGGACCACCAAAGACAGCAGAGACACACAUGACUCUCAGUGUUUCAUAUGCUCCUAAGAAGACCUCAGCAUCCAUCAGUCCAUCAGGUUUAGUGUCAGCAGGUAGCUGGGUGACAAUGACCUGUUCCAGCAGAGCCAAGCCUGCUGUCAGCAACUUCAUCUGGUUCAGGAGCAGCAAAGAUGGAGACGUGAAAGUAGCUGAAGGAGAAUCUUACAGCCUGAAUGCCACAGAGGGAGGAGGAGUUUAUUACUGUGUGGCUACAAAUGAUCUGGGGAACCAGACGUCUCCAAAGAUUGAUCUGAUUGUUGAAUCUGCACCAGGACUUACAAAGAAUCUAAAUUUCAUUUAUAUCAUCUCUGGAGCUGCUGGGAUCCUCCUCCUCCUCCUGAUUGUCUGUAUUGGGUGUUUUAGAAAAAAUAAGCAACAGCAGCAGCAACAACCUGCAACUGAGCUUCAACUUCAAGGAGCAACCGUUAAAACUGAAGAUGAGCUACACUAUGGAGACUUGAACUUCAAACGGGGAUCUGAGGGUUCCUCAGCCUCUCCACAGGACAGAAGCCAGCAGCAGGACACUGUGUACGCAGAGGUCAAAGGGUCUCAAAGGGGAAACAUUUCCACACAGGCUGCUGACAAAACAGAAGAUAUUUAUGCUCAAGUGAAGAAAAAAUGAUGUUAGUUUCACCCAGAAAUGUGACCCAUCUGUUCUUUAAGUGUCUUGAAGAACAACUGUUGCAUUGGUCAGGAUACAGUAUAUGAUGAAGAUGAUGGAGAUCUGUUCUUUCAUUUCUCUUUCUGAUUUGAAAAUCGUGUUGUUUAUGAAUAUUAUAGUUAAGGAAUUAUCUAACUGUAUUCAUCUAAUUUAAUUUCAGUGUAUUUACCGUGUAUUUCUGACAUGCAUCAUUAGAUCUGUUAAUUUUUUACUGUUGUGCAUGUUUAAAAUUAGGAAUAUAUUUUUACUUAACAUUUUAGUGGACAUGUAAACUGUAGUCAGGAUUAUGUACUGUAGAAUUAUUUCAAUGGAUCCAAAUCCUGUUAACCAUUUUCUGAACUUUUUGUUAUUUGAUAUUUUGCAUGUAACAUGUAAAGGUUUAAAAGUGUGGGGCCGAGGACUGAACCUUCUUUACCAGUCUUUAAGGACGUGGGGAAGAUCCCAGUCUAAAUAGAGCGGUUAACAAUGUUCAGGAGUUCCUCCUCACAGUAUGAACACACUGACUUAACCCUUGUGCUAUCUUAGAGGACCCCACCCUUACAUUGACGUGUUCUCCCUACCAUGACA